AUGUCGUCCACCGCCCUUCCCAAGCGCGUUGCGCUCAAUCGCAACCCCGCUACAGAGUCGUCGACCGUGAGCUCUGUCUCGGCUUCGCCCUUUGACAGCCCACGCCAGUCCCCGUCUUCCACCUCUCUCUCCUCCAUGGCCUCUGAGCAGGAGGUCAAGGCCAGCAAGUUGGUCGACACCUACGGCAACGAGUUCAAGAUCCCCGAUUACACGAUCAAGCAGAUCCGCGAUGCCAUUCCCGCCCACUGCUUCCACCGCUCCGCCGUCACUAGUCUGUACUAUGUCUUCCGGGACUUGGCCAUCCUCGCCUCCAUCUUCUACCUCUUCCACAACUACGUGACCCCGGAGACCGUCCCCUCUCUGCCUGCCCGCGUGGCCCUCUGGACGGUGUACACCAUCGUGCAGGGUCUUGUUGGAACCGGUGUGUGGGUUUUGGCCCACGAGUGUGGUCACCAGGCCUUCUCCCCCUCCAAGGUCUUGAACGACACCGUUGGUUGGAUCUGCCACUCCCUCCUGCUUGUCCCCUACUUCUCCUGGAAGAUCUCCCACGGCAAGCACCACAAGGCUACCGGCAACCUUGCCCGUGAUAUGGUCUUCGUGCCUAAGACGCGUGAGCAGUACGCCACUCGUGUUGGCAAGGCCCUGCACGAGCUCGGCGAGUUGUGCGAGGAGACCCCCAUCUUGACCGCCGGUCACCUCCUGGCUCAGCAGCUCUUCGGCUGGCCCAUGUACCUGCUCAACAACGUUACCGGCCACAACAACCACGCCAAGCAGCCCGAGGGCCGCGGCGUUGGCAAGCACAACGGCUUCGGCGGUGGUGUCAACCACUUCAACCCCUCCAGCCCUCUGUAUGAGGCCAAGGACGCUAAGCUGAUUAUUCUGAGCGAUAUUGGUCUCCUGCUCACUGCCUCUGCUCUUUACUACAUCGGAUCCACCUUCGGCUGGCUCAACCUGCUUGUCUGGUACGGCAUCCCCUACCUCUGGGUGAACCACUGGCUCGUCGCCAUCACCUUCCUCCAGCACACCGACCCCACCCUCCCCCACUACCAGCCCGAGGUCUGGAACUUCGCCCGCGGCGCGGCUGCCACCAUCGACCGCGACUUCGGCUUUGUCGGCCGUCACAUCUUCCACGGCAUCAUUGAGACUCACGUGCUGCACCACUACGUCAGCACCAUCCCCUUCUACAACGCCGACGAAGCCAGCGAGGCCAUCAAGGGCGUCAUGGGCAACCACUACCGCACCGAGGCCCACACCGGCUGGACUGGUUUCUUCAAGGCCAUGUGGACCUCCGCUCGUGUCUGCCACUGGGUUGAGCCUAUUGAGGGUGCUACCGGCGAGAGCCAGGGUGUUCUGUUCUUCCGCAACACCAACGGCAUCGGUGUUCCUCCUGCUAAGAUCCCGGCCAAGGCUCAAUAG